AUGAAAGGUCAUAAACAGCAGCAACAAGGGCAGGAUACAGCUGCUUUAACAGGCGUCUAUUCAAGUACGGGUUUUGACAUGAUAAAUAUACUUGUUCGACUUACCCAAAGGUCAAACCCACAAAUUCAAUUGGGACCCGUGGAUUUAUCUUGUUCUUUUGUUGUAUCUGAUGCGAAUGCAUUUGAUCAGCCUGUCGUAUAUUCUUCGCCGGCGUUUGAACGAUUGACAGGUUAUACAAACAGUGAAAUUGUUGGUAGAAAUUGCCGCUUUUUACAGAGCCCUGAUGGCCAGGUAACAUGUGGUUCCAGAAGGCAACAUACAGAUAAUGAAGCAGUAUUUUAUGUGAAAUCACAACUGAAUCAAGGAAAAGAGCAUCAAGCAAGCAUUAUUAACUACCGAAAAGGUGGACACCCUUUUGUCAAUUUGAUUACGAUUGUGCCUCUUCUGGACGCCUUUGGGAAGAUCGAGUAUUAUGUUGGGCUUCAAGUGGAUUUAGUAGAGCAACCCAAUGCCAUUUUAGAAAGAAUGCAGAAUGGGACCUACGUCAUGAAUUAUAGCCUGCCAGUACAUUUUGCUGACUAUCCAUCCCCAAGUAGGGUUUUAGAUACUUAUUUCCAAGAAUUGCCAACUGGAAAAAUAAGCAUCGGCUCUAGUAAUAACAGCUUGCUCAUACAGCAACAGCAUGUUCCGAGUAGUAUCAAUCUACUGCCGCACACAUCAACAGCAACAACAGCAGAAAUGGAUGCUGAUACGGUACAGAAAGAAUGGAACCAUCUUUUACUCGAAGAAAGCUGCGAUUUGAUACAUGUAAUAUCACUCAAAGGAACCUUUUUAUAUGUGUCUAAUGCCAGCUACUCUUUACUCGAAUACGAACCGGCAGAACUACUAAAUCAGUCCCUUAGUACCAUUUGUCAUCCGUCCGAUAUCGUCCCCGUCAUGCGUGAGAUCAAAGAAUCCACAGCAUAUCCAGACAGAAACAUCUCCCUCUUAUUUCGUGUCCGCAGAAAAUUUUCCGGAUUUAUCUGGAUGGAAUGCUUUGGACAGGUCCAUAUGGAUCAAAGCAGGAGCAGAAAAUGUUUGAUUCUAUCAGGGAGACAGAUAUCAGUGUACGCGCUGGCAAAGAAAGCAUUGAUGCUGCAACAACCAACAACCCACAAGAAAAAAGAAGAAUUUUGGGCCAAGCUUUCGGUAGCAGGUCUAUAUUUGUAUGUGACAAAAGGAUGUGAGAAAGUAGUUGGUUAUUCACCAUCGUCACUAGAGCAAGAAUCUGUUUUUCAAUAUGUUGAUACCUCCGAAAUAGUUGAUGUCCGAAAGGCAUUGGAAUGGAUACAAUACGAUACUAUGGCAGGCCGAGAGCAGGAAGCCGUAAGGCUAUCGCAUACAUUCCUGAAUGCGAAAGGGAACUAUGUGCCUGUGACAAGUACUUUCUGUCGAGGAGACGCGUUAAGUAACAACUCGACGGAUGUUGAAGGUAGACUUCAAGCUUCAUUUAUUUUAAUGCACGUCCAAUUACAAGACUCGACGGCCGGUAAUGGUGGCAUGACUACGAACAACGAAAUAUCGACGACCAAGUUGGCGAUGAUUGCCUAUCCUACUAAUAAUGCAAAACAUGAAAACUUUUUUGCAGAGUUAGAAACGACCAGAGGUACGAGUUGGCAAUAUGAGCUGCACAAAUUACAAAGUUUAAACGAGCGUCUCAGAGAUAAAAUAUCAAAUUAUAACAAGCCAAACACUCGAACAUGCCAACGAAAAAGGGUAAACGUUUUUAAGCUUCGAAUCUGCGCCAACUGUCAAACAACCGAAUCACCUGAAUGGCGAAAGGGCCCCCGUGGCCCGAAAGAGCUGUGUAAUGCUUGUGGAAUACGAUAUUCCAAAUUUUUAUCACAAAAGUAA